AUGGGAGAGCCUGCCCCGCAAGCACCCAGUAUGGCUCAAGCACCUUUCUCAGACGUGGACGCCGACAUCGUCCUCCGCUCCAGCGAUAAUAUUGAUUUCCGCUUGCACAAGACUAUCCUCACCCGCGCUUUCCAUGGGUUCGACGACUUGCUCUCUGGGCUGGCAACAGCAGCCGCUUACCAAACUGGUACCUCAGACGCAAUGGACUCAUCCGACGAACAUGGACGACCUAUCCUGGUCCUGACCGAGCGCGCGGAUGUGCUCGACGCUCUAUUCCGGCUUUUCUACUACGUGGACAGCCCGACGUUGUCCGACUUCAAAGUACUUCGUGCUGUCUGUCUAUGUCUCGACAGAUACUGCGUCAAGACUGUUCCAUACAUCAUCCACGAGCUUCUCAUCAAAGCCCUAAACGUACCCGCGCAUCAACGAGGCACAACCCCCGGAACCGUCUACGCACUGGCGUGCAGGCUUCAAUUGGACGAUAUAGCUCUGCUUGCCGCGCGCGCAUCGCUCCCAAAUUCCGAAAUACUCCGAGAACUACAGAUAGACGACGUUCAGCUCAUAUCCUCUGCCCAAUAUCACGCCCUCAACGUGUAUUUCAACGAUUGCCGCGAAGCUGCCGCACGGGUAGUCGCCGAUCCGCUCGUUUUGAUCCCUGCAGUCGAACUUCCUUGCAGCUCAAGUCAUUCUACGGACAAACUGCUAGAAUAUCUACAAAAUCCCGGGGCCUUCGGCCAAUUCCACCCCAUACGCUCCGGAGAGUGCGAAUGUGGAAUGACCGAGACCCUGGCGGGUACCCGGAAAGACCUCGCAGGACAGCUCCCUGCCGAGCCUGUCGUCAUACCCGAGUGGCUAUGCGACUAUCUCGAGGCUUGCAAUGACGAAUUAUACCGGAAACCGGACGCCGAAAACGUGACGAGGCCAAAGUUCUACGUCAAGUACCUACGGGAGGCCAUGGCAUGUCCGUUUUGCGCACGCAGCAUCGACAGCUUCCUGUCGUUUCUUCCGCGGUUGAAAGAGAUCAUUGACGAAGAAGUAGGGAAGGUUCAACUGAUCGCUACCUCAUGA